GCGGCGGCGGGCGGUAUGUCCGGCCUGACUGAGGCCCCGGCCUCACGGACGCCUUCUCGCUCCCAGGCGCUCUCGCCGGCCCUCGUCAGGGAGAAGCGCAGCAAUACCUUGGACGCAGCUGAGGACCUCGGCGCGGGCCAGGAUGCACAGAUAAGAUCAGUGGAUCUGAAUCACAUCGUCAAACUACUCGAAGAUUCAGACUCAAAAGAUUUGGAAAAAGAGCAGCUGAAAACCCUCAAAAAAGUAGUCAAGCAUUUUGAAAAUGGGCUUCCCCUUAAAGAUUUAGCACAAAUAAUCAAAAUUCUUAACCUGUGUGCAGAAAAAAUGAAUGAACAAGAAGCUUUCACCGAGCCUUUAUGUGAACUUAUUAAAUUAUGUGGGUUACCAUUUCAAAAAAAUAAAUUAUCUGAUGAAGUAAGCUAUUCUGUGGCAGUUUCAGAAUUCAUUGCACAACUAGGUUGUUUGAUGAGGGUGCCAAGCUCUCAAGUUAGAAUACAAAUCUGUAAGUGUGUUGUUAGCUUCUAUACUAUGGAUUUACCAAGAAAACUCCUUGCAGGUUACCAGCCAACAAGUGCAAACUAUAAAAUUGAGAUGGCUGAAUUAGGAGGAUUAGCAGAAACUCUUGUUUUGUCAUUAGCAUUAGUUGAAAAUCAACUUACUGAGAAGUUGUGGGUACUUAAAGCUCUCCAGCAUCUCUCCAGCUCUGGAGUAAAUUGCAGACUUAUGAUGAAGGCCCAAGCAGCCAGCAGGCUCUGUUUGUAUCUAAAUGAUGUUGACCCCUCAGGACAGCUGCUGUUCCAUUCCUUAGAAGUCCUAAUGAACCUCUUAGAAAAUACCUCAAAAGAAGAAGUUGUUACUCAGCUCAGUGGCUUGGAAUGUGUACAUGCUUUGAAAGAAGUAUUUGUAGAUCUCUUGCAUGGUUUUCGGCUUUAUGAUCAUCAGCUGCAGCAUGACCUCUUGGUGAUUGCCACAUUACUAGCUGAAAACCCUGCUGCACCUAUGAUUGAAAGUGGAUUUACAAAGCUUCUAAUUGCACUUGCAACAUUUUCUGAAGUUAAAAUUUCCAAUCCUUUGGUAAAAGGUCUUAAAAUUACCUAUUCAUAUGAAGAUUUCGAGAUGAAGAAGUUACUAUUUAAUGUAAUAGCGGUCUUAUCUAAAAAUCCAUCCGCCAUACAGCUUCUCAGUGAAAAUGAUGUGAUGCCAGCUUUGCUUAGUUAUGUAAAGCCAAAUCAAAAGCCUGGAUUUCAUGACUGGUCUGCUGCUGAAUAUGAAGAAUUACAGCUUCAUGCAAUUGCUGUUUUAGCUUCAGUGGCUCCCUUAUUACUAGAUAAAUAUUUGUCCUGCCAAGCAAAUACACUUCUCCUUGUGUUUCUAGAAUGGUGUGUAGGCCAAGAUUCUUUCUUUGGUCAAGGUAACAGUUUCCAUGGAACAGGCGGUCGUAGCAACAAACUUGCACAAAUGCACUACAGCCUGAGAGUGCUGAGAUCUGUUGUUUCCCUUUAUGAUGAUGCUGUGAACCUUAAUUUGUGUGACCAGGGAGCACUUAGCCAGCUGCUGGACAUCCUAAAGUAUGCAGCAAAUAAAUCUAAAGAGAAAGAAGAUGCCAUUCUACUGGAAAUUCAAGCUGAUCUAUUGUUUCUUUUGUCUGCUCUUUGUGAAAGUGAUCUCCACAGAAAGGAACUCUUCAGCUAUGAAGGGGUGGAUAUACUUAUCCCUUUCAUUCAGAUGGAUCCAAAGAAGUUAUAUAGUGGAGUCGGCCACAAUUAUCUCCUCUUCAGUACACUCGACUGCUUAUGGUCCUGUGUCAUUGGAUGUGACUUUGCAGAGGAUUAUUUUCUUGAAAAACAGGGCAUUUUUCUCCUCCUGGAUUUGUUGGCAUUAAAGGAGAAGAAACUGUACAAUAUAAUUCUUGGAAUCUUAGUUGAAUUUUGUGACAACCCUAAAACCACUUCACACAUCAGUACCUGGCGAGGGGAGAAAGAUCAAACAGCAGCAAACCUUCUGAUACAGUUGUGGAGACAGGAGGAGGUGGAGCUGGGAGUCGAGCGUGAUCAAUAUGGAAGGAUUGUUGACAUGAAGAGACCUAUUGCUAGCAACUUCCAGAAACAUCAGGAAGUCAUACCCAUGCCUGCAAACUGUCCCAGUUUUGCCAUCAUGGAAAUUUCAGAAAAUAUACGGGCAAAACUGUAUUCAUUAUUGUGCAAACUAGGUUUUGAAAAUUUGCCUGGCUUAUCUGCUAAGGAUCUUGUCACACUUGCUGUUAUACGGCAUUAUAUUGACUUUAAAGUUGGAGAAGUUUGGAGUGAACUGUGUACAGAACUAAAAGAAGAAUUUAGACCUGUGGCAUCAGAUGAGAAAGCCUUGGAAGUUAUUUCAGAGAUGUCAGAAGAUAGUGGAAGAAAGGUUGCUGCUCUGCAGACUGAAGUGCUUGAAAGUCAAACUCACCAAGAAAUCCAAAAGGAGAAAAAAAUAUAUACAAAGAUCCAAGCUAUCCAUAAGCAGAGAGAAAUGGUAAAUAAAUCUUGGGAAAACUUCUUGACUCGGACGUCAAACUAUGAGGCUUUGAAGAAAGCAAAAAGGCUUCAGGAAAAAUCAAUAGAGGCUUCCAGAUCUAAAUCGAAGACUCAGAAUGGAGCAGUCCAUUCUACUGAUAUUAAAGGCCUUGGUACAACAAUUGGAUCUGGUCUCUUGGUAACUGUUGAAAGUACACCUCCUCAGUUAAUUGGAGGACCGCUGACUGUUACAGACCUCACUCUUAGAAAGCCCUCUGUUUGUGAUGGAGCCUUAAAAAAGGUGAAAAGAGCUAAAAUUUUGGACUAAGUCAAGAAAGAUUCAGUACCUGUAGAAUAG